AUGUCGGACCCGCCGAAUGGCACCACGCAAAUUGAGCUGGAUGCUAUAAUAGCAGCAGCUCAGUCCAAGCUCACGAUACCCAAGUUGAAAACAGUUCUGAGGAGCUUCAAUCUUGCUGUAUCGGGGAACAAGUCAAUUUUGGUGGAGAGACUUUUGGCAUUCGUGGAUCGACUAUCUAGAGAUCGAAAUACUAGUGGGAUUCACGACGUUUUUGUGGAGAUGAAUAAACUAGAUGUUUUCAUUGCUCCGGAACAUAAUGCUUCAACCACGUAUACCAACAUGGUCAACAAUUUAACGACUGAGUUCAACCUCCCACCACAGUUUGGAGUGUCUAAUAGCAGGGGCUUUGCUCCUGUAGAAACAUAUGGCAGUCCAUUCAGAUCAAAAUUAAAUGCUUUGGCAGUGGGAGGAGCAACGCGGGCCUCCACUAGGGAUGGCUUGCCCAUUCACCCACCCGCUCUCCAGUUUCAGGAUCAUCCAUUUUAUCGAUUCAGCAGCCAGCUCAGCAGGCCGAGUAUUUUGGCUAGCCCGUAUACUCGAGAAACUUGUACGAGAACUAUGAGCUUCAAAGUCACCCCUUCGGACAUCGAUGCCCUGAAGGAUCGAAAGCUUAUGGUCGCGCUUGUUUCCCAAAGGUAUCAUGCUCCUUUAGCACCUCGGCCAAUCGAGUUUCCAAUGCACACUUUCAUUCGUCUCGACGACAUGACUGUACAGGCUAAUACCAGAGGCAUCAAAAGUCACCCGGGGUCAACGCCGCCGGCGGAUUUGACGCCGCUGCUUCUUGCCAACCCCGGCAACAACCAUCGAGUCGAAAUCACUGUGCAGAUUAAUUUGCGUGAUCCCAGAAAAGACGAACACAUGGCCUCGAAAUCAUACGGGUUUGUGGUCGUUAUGCUGGAAGUACGUUCCGAGGAAGAACUCAAAGCUGUUAUUAUGAACCGCCCUCACAUUGGGGUCGACGUCACGAAAGAACAGAUUAAAACCAACCAAGAGCCUGAUGAUGAAAACGAUGUUCUAAUCAGUGCUGAAUCAGUGCAUUCGUUGAAGGAUCCUGUCAGUUACACCCGAAUGUCGAUUCCAAUUCGAUCUCUCCGUUGUUCGCAUAUUGACUGUUUUGAUGCAGCCACAUACAUUCAACUACAAUUGCAAGCGAGCACUUGGAAGUGUCCCAUUUGCAACAAGAUUAUCAGCUGGGAAUCUUUAGCAAUUGAUGAUUACUUUGUCGAUGUGCUAAAUUCUGCAGAUGCUGAUGUCGAUCAAGUGAAUGUAAAUCCUGAUGGAUCAUGGACUGUACGUUCGCGGGACUUACCAGAUGAUUCAGAUUCUGACGAUGAUUUUCCCGCUAAAAAGGCCCGAAAUGAUCGAGUUGAAGUUAUAGACCUGGUCAGUGAUGAUGAACCCGAGCCGCAAGUCCAACCCCAAGCUCCGCCACCAAAACCUAAGCGACAGCAACCCACGGGACAGCGUCUUGAUUAUAACGAUGAUUAUGACUCAAGCUGGCAAUCGCUUGAAGAGGGUCUCAGGCUGAUGCAAGAACAAAAUGCUGGUAGACCAGCGCCUUCUGCUAAUAUCAGUUACGGAAACCACAUGUUGACACGAAGUGAGCUGGACUCAAUCACAAGGUCAUUAGAUGAAGAUACCGACGACGAGUUACCUACAAGGAUUCCUGCCAAGCAAACAGCAGUCACGACCACUUCAGAGGUUCCCCAUGCUGUCGUGCCUCAACAACAUCCUUACAGUUCGCCAGGUGUUCCUAGUUCUUCUGAGUUCCAAAAUUCACCAAAUGAAGCUCCAACUGGGCCUCCAGUUAUGCUGAAGAUCCCGAAUAUCAUUCCUUCUCCAUGUCCGACUAGCUAUGACACUAAUGCUGAUCAUUCAGGUACGACCGCUCCACCUAGCCUACAAUCAGCAGAAGUAUCCCCUACUCAGAUCCCAACUCUACCGAGCACUUCUGAGCUCAUAAGGUCGAUCAAACGCUCCAAAAGCGAGACGCCAAAGAUUGGUGGCUCCCAAGAGGUGAAUAAUGGCUCUAACAAUGAACCGCAUGGUGAGCAGCAGAGGCCUGGGCCCGUGUCGAUGCUGUUUGGACACCCAAACUCAAGCCAACCCGCUGCACCUAAUGAUGCUUAUGACAAAAAUAAAAAGCCAUUGGACCGAUCCUUUUCCGCACCCAAUGCUCCAUCACAACAUAUUGAAGUUAUUGAUCUACUAGACGAUUGA